UUCAUGAUCAUAUCCGGACUAGUGAGCAGAAAUAUUCUUCCCCCUAGGUCUCUAAUGCUUUGUGACCAUGUUCUUGAGAGAGUUUCUUCCUAUAAAUACCUGGGAGUUACACUGUCAAACACAUUGGGAUCGUCCACACACAUACAUGACAUCUCUACUGAAGCGAAAAGAGUGCUCAGCUUCAUCUAUCGUCAGUACAGCGCGCACUUGUCACAGUCUUCUCUUCAAAAAUUGUAUCUUUCACUGGUCCGUCCUCAUCUUGAAUAUGCGUCCCAGGUCUGGAACCCUCAUCUACAGAGAGACAUACUUAAGCUGGAAUACUUAAGCUGGAAAGGGUGCAGAAAUUUGCACUUGAAUUCUGUCUCAAGCAGUGGCACCUAGCAAUAUCUCUCUGUGUGUUCCCUACCUAACCUGCAAACUAGGAGGGAUUUUCUGAACUUAUGUUUGCUAUACAAGAUUUGAACAACAUAUGUGACUUUCCAGACUUUCCACUACAGAGGAGGACUUUCAAUUAUCCCCACAGAAGUACUUCUACAUUUGUUUUGAUGUAAGCAAAGUCUAACUAUUUUCUUUCGUCAUUCUUUCCACAUACCUCUAACCUCUUCACCUCCCUCUGUAACCUCUGCCACAUCAUUUAAACACAACUUAAUCAAUCACUUGAGCACAAUGUCUUAAUCCUUAUCACAAUAAUAUUAUGGGUACAUGUUCAAUCAUAGUGUUUACCUAUAUACAAGUAUUGCCAUUGCACAGUGCAGAAAAAAUAUAUAUAUACACUAAUGCUACGCAUAAUUGG